ACAGGCCAUCAACCAAAGAACAUUCAACCAACCAGAAGCCUUAGAAAGAUACCAAGACAGAUAAAAAAGGAUAAUUAUGUGGAUACGGGCAGUCUUGAUAGCUGUGCUGGUGUGUCUCCUGAUUCUACUCUUUCUGAAACUACUCCAGUCAUGGAAGAAGUACCCUCCUGGCCCUCCCAUGCUUCUAUCGGCUGUCAAAAUAGUGCAGUGCGGAUUCAGAAUUCAUCCUGAUAUUCUUGUUGAGACAGCAAAACAAUACGGAAGCAUUUUCACUAUAUGGGGAGCGUCUCAGCCUCUGGUAAUACUGUCUGGAUUCGAAGCAGUGAAAGAAGGGCUAAUAAAGCACUCGGAAAUCUUCUCUGGGCGACCAGUGACCCCAUUCUAUAAGGCUAUCGCAAAAGAAAAAGGUAUUGUAUUCUCAAAUGGUCACACCUGGAAGCAGCAGCGGAAGUUUGGGCUAGUUACCCUGCGGAAGCUGGGGCUAGGGAAGAAAGGCGUGGAGAACCAAAUACAAGAGGAGGCCCAACAGCUUGUUGAGACUUUUGCUCGUGCAAAGGGGCAGCCAAUUGACCCUUCAAUACCCAUCAUUAAUUCAGUCAGCAAUGUGAUAUGUGCUCUGGUUUUUGGACACCGGUAUUCUGUUGAUGAUGAAGAAUUCCUCAAACUGAUUAAAGCCAUUGAAAAUGGUGUAAAAUUUGGAGGUACCUUCUUUCAUCUUCUGUAUGAAGUGAUCCCAGGAAUCAUGAAAUAUAUCUCAUGGCCAUACAAGACGGUAUUUGGUGCUGCAGAUGUUGUGCUUUCACAUGCAAGGAAAGAGACGGAAAACCAUAGGAAGCAACCGGCACAACAUGAUCCACGAGAUUUCAUCGAUUACUAUCUGCUUCAGAUGGAGAAAAGCAAGAACGACCCCACUUCGACAUAUGAUGAUGAAAACCUGGCUCAGUGUAUUUCUGACCUUUUUGUGGCUGGGACAGAUACAACCAGUGCCACUCUGCAAUGGGGACUGCUUCUCAUGAUGACUCAUCCAGAUAUCCAAGAGAAAAUCCAGAAGGAGAUAGAAGAUGCUUUUGGUUCCUCACAAUUAAUCAGCUAUCAAGAUCGGAAGAAAGCACCCUACACAUUUGCUACAAUUCAUGAGAUCCAGCGUUUCAAAUGUAUAUUAUUAGCUGGAAACCCUAGAGAAACUGUGCAGGAUGUGAACAUUCUUGGUUCUUUCAUUCCUAAGGGCACCACUAUUGUUCCAGAUGUACACUCGGUUUGUUAUGAUCCCAAGCUAUGGGAGACCCCUCAAAAGUUCAACCCAAAUCAUUUUUUGGACAAGGAUGGUCAGUUUGUGGAUAGAGAAGAACUUUUGCUCUUUGGUGCAGGAGCCCGUGUGUGUGUGGGGAAAGAGAUGGCAAAGAUCGAACUCUUUAUAUUCUUCACCAACCUGUUGAGAGCAUUCACCUUCAAGCUGCCAGAAGGAGUGAAAGAAGUCAACACAGAACCUGUGCUUGGGUUGACAAUGCCUCCCCACCAUUAUAAACUCUGUGCUAUUGCCCGUCCCAGCAAUUCAUGACCCAUAACAAUAAUUAGAGCAGCUUAUUUCUUUUUAAAAAUUCCAUCCAAUAUUCAGCUAAAAUUUGCUCAAUUUGCUGUCCCAGAGUUUCCCUGUUUCCCAUUACUGUUUAUCUGCGAUCAUGUCCAGAAAAAGAAUUCAGGCAGAUCUAAAUCAGCAACUAGCCACUAAGAAAUACCAUUUUUCCUAAUCAGUUUUGUAGGCACAAGAGCUCUGUAAAGAGUUCUGGCAAUGUAUCAAAGUAGAAGUCUGCAGGCAAAGACAAAGGGGAGCCUGCUUGUUAAAUAAAUUUUUGGGUAAUAUUUACCUUCUCAUCUCGUGGUGCGUUGUUAAAAGUAGUGAAGUGGAUGGCAAAAAGAAAGACAUCAGGAUCGAGCUGAAAAGGAAAUUUACCUGCUGAGAAGAUCAGCUGCGGAGUUUCUUGGGAAACAGUUUGUCAGUAACUAUGACAUGUCAAACCCGGGGAAGGAAACAGUAGCAUGGUUGAUAAAACUUUCAAAUGAUGCCAGUUUUUAGGAGACUUAUAAAUGAGGACUGAAGGCGUUUUACACAUAAGUUUUAUGUUCCACUUUUCUUUCAAAAGUGGAAAUGGAGGGUGGGCAUCCUGAUUGAAUCAAAAUUUCCUUUAAACUUCACACAUGAAAAAACUCAACCCUGUGGCUGACGCUGUUAAAAUGUGGAGCUGGUUCAGAAGAACCUCGCACAUGAAAACUGUUAGCUACAUUGGUUUUUGCACAGAGAAAGAGGGAGGCUGGUCUUCCACUUACCCCUGAGAAUUAUUGCAGAGAUGCUUCAAAGAGAACACUAACUCUCCUGACUGACUGGAAACCCUUUCUACUGACUCCUGACAGGCAAAGUCUCUUCAGAGAAACUCCAGUAAAACUCCCUCAGACAUUCUGUGGAUGGGAUGGAUGUGAGGAGAACCACCAACGGACACUUCAACUCUCGCCCAGUUUGAAAAUUCCUACCCCUUCACCCUCCCCACGUGCAAAUUAGACUGUUGGCUUCUUAAACACAGCUGGACAAGCGUAAGGGCCACAAGAGUCAAAACCAAACAUAACCUUUCCCCCCUCUUCAGCUAGGGUUGCCAACAUGGUGGUAGCUAGAACUACCAUGGUGGUAGCUAGAGAUCUCCAGGAAUUACAACUGAUCUCCAGACAACAGAGAUCGGUUCCCCUGGAGAAAAUGGCUGCUUUGGAGGGUGGACUCUAUGGCAAUAUAUCCUGCUAAGGUCCAUCUCCCCUCCAAACCCACCCUCUCCAAGCGCCACCCCCCAAAUCUCCAGGAAUUUCCCAACUUGGAUCUGGCAACCUUAUCUUCAGCCCAAACAGAAUCCGAACUAUUAAUUGGCAGUCUCUGUUGAAUCCAAAAGGAACAAAACCAUGAAGUAAACAGCCAGGCUAUCAAAUCAAAACCAGGACAUUGAGGCACAUCCUGAACAGAAAGACCAUCCUAGGAUUUAGGCCAGUUGGGGCAUUGGCGAAGCCAUCUAGCCUGUAAGGGGCUAAAAAGCAGCAAGGUGAAGAAGUCAGCCCAUAGCAACAGACUUGGAGGCCAAUUGGUCUGAGGCUUGACUCUGCCUGGCUCCUUCUAAGUUCUGAAGUAAAACAGAAGGUAUCCCUUCCAUUUCAAUGUGGAUGAUUGUUAGGAAAGCUCGUGUUAUUGUAUUUAAAAUUUAAACUUCAAGAAACUGCCAUUCGAUUGAAAGGAUUGUUGCCAAUGAUCUUAAUUGGCUUUGGUUACAAACAGAUUACAAUGCACUUGUAAAAUAUCUUGUGAAAUUUAGCAAAAUAAUCAACAUAAGGCUUGUUUUGAUAUACACAAGUAUGUAUUAUGCUUGUGCAUAAGGCUAAGAUUUGCAUUACUGUUUGAUUGUUUAAUUCCAUUCUACAUUAUAGUUCCUUUUGUGGCUCAUCAUGAGAACUCUUAUCCAAUGAAGACAUACAAAACGAGGGGGGGAAAUCCAGAAAACUUACGUUUAUGCUUUAGGACUUAGUGCAUUACUCUUGGAAAACUGUAGUUUAUUUCAAUGAAACGCAUUAAUUAAAUGUACUGUUGUUUGCUGUUUUUAUUUACUAUUGCUGUAAAUAGAUGACAACGUUGUUGUUCUAACAUAAUUACUGCAGUGACUGUUGGGUAAAAAAGUAGUCCUAACAUUUCUCACCUUGUGCAAAUGAUACUUGUGGACAAAUGAUACACGUAGAACGGCUGCCUAGGGAUGUGGUGGGCUCCCCAUCAUUGGCAGUCUUCAAGGAGCGGCUGAUGAAUACUUGUCAGGAAUGCUUUAGGCUGUUCCUGUAUUGGGCAGGGGGUUGGACUAGAUGGUCUGUAAGGCCCCUUCCAACUGUAUGAUUCUAUGAAAUCAACA